AUGGAAGAAGACAAUUCGAAGAACAGCAGUCUGCCGCCAGUAGUUCUUGAUGAAAAUGAUUCUCCGUUGAAUAAUACUGACGAUUGUGAAAAUAUUGCACAGAAUGGUGAAAAGAAAUCAGAUGCUACUACUGCUACAACUACUACUACUACGACUACGACUACUAAUACUGCUGUCACCACAAACAACAAUGAAGGAAUAAAACUGAUCAAUGUUCAGCCGAUAGCGAUUAAUAAACAUGUACAACAGAAAAAAUACGAUGAUUUAUUAUUUAAAAAAUAUGAAAAAAUAUGCAAAAUCGGCGAAGGAGCCUAUGGAGUUGUAUUCAAGUGUCGUGAUAUAAAGUCUGGACAGUUAGUCGCUAUUAAACAAUUCACCGCAUCAGAAGAUGAUCCAGUUAUUCGAAAAAUUGCAAUGAGAGAGAUUCGAAUGUUAAAGCGUUUAAAACAUCCAAACUUGGUUAAUUUGAUAGAAGUAUUUCGUAAAAAGAAACGGCUAAACUUGGUCUUUCAAUUUAUUGACAAUUCAUUGCUGAAUGAAAUGGAACAAAGGCCAAGAAGGUUAGACAAAGGAAAAAUUCGGAAGAUUACUUGGCAAAUUCUUCUGGCAACGGAUUUCUGUCAUCAGUCAAAUUGUAUACAUCGUGAUAUUAAACCUGAAAAUAUAUUGAUUAACAAGGCUAAUGAAGUGAAACUCUGUGAUUUUGGAUUUGCAAGAUUUUUAAAUCCAGGCGGUGAAUAUACAGACUAUGUAGCAACACGUUGGUAUCGCUCCCCGGAACUUCUAGUUGGCGACACACAGUAUGGUCCACCAGUUGAUGUUUGGGCGAUAGGAUGUGUAUUUGCAGAAAUGCUACUUGGUUGCCCGUUAUGGCCAGGUUCUUCAGAUCUAGACCAACUGUAUCUUAUAACUAAAAAUCUUGGCGAUCUAUAUCCUCGACAUCGACAGAUAUUUGAACAAAGUAAAUAUUUUUCUGGUAUACAAGUCCCAUCUUCAUCGUCUGUAGAACCAUUAGAGAAGAGAUUCGAGAGGACAUAUCCCAUGACACUAAGUCAAAAAGAACUGGAUUUCCUGCAAGCAUGUGUACGAAUGGAUCCUUCAGAACGAUGGAGUUGUGCUGAAUUGUUGAAACACCCAUACUUUGGAAUGCAUAGUUUCUCUGAAAAGAAUAAUAAAUUACCGUGUAAAAUUCAAGAUAUUGGUACAAAUGUUAUUAAUGAGCUGAGUUCAUCUUCUAAUGUAAUACCAAAAACUGAAAAACAAAGUGGACCAGAAAAUUCCUCAAAGAAAAUUGAACUGAAAGUUGGAAACAACAGUAAUAAACCACUGGCGAAUCCAGUUUCCUAUCCUUUUAAAACAACACUUCAUCCAAGAAUGCGAAUGGAUGUAUUCGGUCGAAAAACCACUAAUGCAUGGGAUCCUACUAGUAAAAAGCAGCUUCCAUCAAUUUCAACCUUUCGAACACUUUACCGUACUCCAGUAACCAACUUGAAUUCUACUAUUCCUACUGCUAAUACCACUGCAGGCAUCACUUCUACAGCUACUUCAAUGAAUAACAGUAACACCUACAGCGAUUCACGAACACAUGGGCAAGUAUCAUUCAUCAAGCCUGUUCUGGUAAAUCAUACACAAACUAAUCAGAGUAAUCAUAACUUACAACUUCAUCCUAACAGUUAUACAACACACCCUAAUUUAUCACUAACAGCAAUUUCAUUGGGUUCAUUGACUGUGCCUCCAACUUCAACCGUCACAACAAGUACUACAACUACGAAUGCAUCACUUUUAAGCACAACAGACCUUCCAAAUGAAAAUUAUUACAAAUCAUUAUUAAAUUUGUCGUCUUAUUCACCGUUACAUAUCCCUGCACGUUUUACGCGCCAAAAUACGGAUGAACAUUCAUUUAAACAACAAUAUAGUCAACUGAAUCAAAAGUCUAAGACUACAAUUCAUUUGCCUAAUAUUUAA